AGCCCAAACUUUCCAGUAGCACCACAGGCGGCUGCUGAACAAAGACAGACAGGAAGCGGGACUGCUAGAUGAAUAAAAAUUGAAAGAGAAGAAAUAUUCUUUAAAUAUUUUCAGUUUAGAUAACUUAGUGCAGUUAUUUUACUUCAAAGUUUUAUAUUUAUAUUUUUUAUUGAAGAGGGCUAUUUGUGUGAAAAAAAGAGAAAAUGACGAGUCUGCUGUGCAUCACAAUAAUCUCCCUGACCCUGGUUGGCUGUACGUACAGUCAGGUGACGCUCCCUCCCUUUCAAGUGAAGGUUAUUGCUGGCCUAGGUGCCAACGUCACCCUGCCCUGCGGGCUCCUGUCCAAAGACUCCUUUUCCUUUGGUAACACUGGUAUUCGAGUCAAAUGGACCAAGGUAGCAGAUGAUGAGGCACUGAAUGAGGAUGUGCUGCUUUCAAUGGGAUUCCACAAGAAGACCUAUGGCAGCUUUGAGGACCGUGUCUUUUUGGAGGAGAAAGACAGUCAAGAUGCCUCCAUAACAAUUACUGACGUUGCCAUGGAUGACACAGGAAGGUACCGCUGUGAAAUCAUCAACGGGAUGGAGGACACAGUGCAAGAGAUAUUAUUGGAGGUGCAAGGUGGUCUCAUUGAUGGCGUUGUGUUCCCAUACUCCCCCAGUGAGGGCCGCUACAACCUGAACUUUGAGGAAGCUGUGCAGGCCUGUGAGGAGCAGGAUGCUGUGGUCGCCUCCUAUGAUCAGCUGUUCGAGGCCUGGAAGAACGGUCUGGACUGGUGCAAUGCUGGCUGGCUGAGUGAUGCCACAGUGAAGUAUCCAAUCACCAGACCCAGGGCGCCUUGCGGUGGCACCGUUGAUGGGCCUGGCGUCAGAAACUAUGGUUAUCAAGACAAACAAAGCCGUUAUGAUGUGUUUUGCUACACCUCUGCAAUCAAGGGACGUUUCUACUGGCUGAGCCAGCCUGACAGGCUGUCUUUUGACGAGGCCGUGCAGGCAUGCUUAGACGACGGUGCAGAGAUCGCCAAGGUGGGCCACAUAUAUGCCGCCUGGAAGAUCGAGGGCUACGAUCGCUGUGAUGCUGGCUGGUUGGCUGACGGAAGUGUCCGCUACCCCAUCUCCAGGCCCCGCAAGAACUGCAGCCCCACAGAAGCUGCAGUGCGGUUUGUUGGAUUCCCAGACAAGAUGCUAAAGGUUUACGGCGUCUACUGCUUCAAGGCAGAGCAGUGAGAGGGUAGAUAGGAGUAGGGAAGCCAUAACCACCAAAGAGCUGCAACAACCACAACAAAUAAAAUCAACAAUAAAGCAGAUAAGCUUUGGAUUUUAACUAGCAUGAACUCAAUAUUGGAAGCUGUGAUAACCCUUUUUAACUCCUAAAAAACACAAUACUGUACAUCUUACAUCCAUAUGCAAUGAAUGGCAAAAUAUUUUGUAGUCAUUAAAUUUUGUUUUACUCUAACUGUGGAUUCAUUAAUUUUAGACAGACUGUUGAGGAAAGGGCAACAGUGUUAAUGUAUGAGUGAUGUGACAGAGACAAAAACUUAAUGGUCGUGAAACAUCAUUCAAGUUUGGUUUGUCCUCCACAGAAUGAUUAGAUGUGUGAAGUUCAAGAUUUCGAGCAUUUCUGCUCAUGUGCAGAUGACAUUUGCUGCUUUAAAAAUGUGUUGAAAGAACAAAAACCAGGUGAUAGUUCAUUUUAUUUUAUCAAGUACCACGUCAAUGAAAGAUCCUAGUGUGAUGACAGUCACGAACAUGACAUGGCUACCACCGUUGAGCUAUCGAUAUCAACAUGUUAUAUUGCAGUAAGUAAGUAACUGGAACCCUCUGUCAAGUUUUUUUUCUCUUUUCUUCUCUCUUUUUCCACCUCUUCAACUGCAGACCUGAGGAGCUUUGAUCAAAUUUACUGUUUAACAAGAAAAUGAAUGUAAAUGUCUCGGACUGUGAGCUAUUCUGCAUUAAUUGAUAUUUCCCAUUAGAUCAACUCCCAACUACAAUUUGAAAGGCAGUUUUACAUUUUUUGCAACCUUUUGUGAUAAGUUUGUUUUAACAAAAUGUUUUUUUCUUUGUUUUUUUAAAAAACUUUUUUAAUGUUUGUCUCUACAGUUUUUCAUGUUCUUUUUAAAUAAAAAUACAGAUUUUGUUUGAUAUUUGCAGAUUUUUUUUAAAAACAAUUUAUAUGUACCACAUACAAAACAACAAUAUUUUUAGCUGGAUAGUGAGUACGGAAUAAGUACAGAUUUUUCCUAUUUGCCCUCAACAGUCUUUUACCUAAAUACACCCUUGAUUGUUUGACAGUUGAAGCAAGAUAGACAAGAAACCUAACAUGACAGUAGGUGUAACUGACUCGUGUAUGGGCUGAAAUCCUUUCUGACUGCUGAGACAGUUUCACAAAUUAAUACUGAAGUUGUGAGCUGAAAAUUUCUACUGGUAUCUGAUUAAUACUGAUGAUCACUCACACUCCUACAUAAGGAUUUAUUCAUAGUCAUAGAUAUUCACUGAGUCAUAGAUAUGCUGUAGUGACAGGAUGUGAAUAUGUGUUUGGGGAUAAAGUAGAAUCGAAACCAGUAAAAAAAAAUCACUUUACAUUUUCACUAAUAGUUCCCCAUGGAUGCUUUUGACUUACAAAGCUGGUAAUGGUGAGCCACAAGAUAGCAUAUGUUCUAAGUAUUUAGUUAUAAAAUUUUGAUAUUUUUUAUUUUGCUUUUUGUUACGUUAUCCCUUUUUACUUUUUCUAACCAUGGGCACUGACAUGUGGUACUUACUGCAGGUUGCAUGUGGUAUUAUGGUGAUGCAUUAUUUGUAAAAGCUAAAUAUAAAAAAAUUCUGUCACACUUGUGCAUUUGUACACACUUUGCAUGAGUAAAGGUGGAGGUAUGUUUUUUUUAUAUCUUAUCGCCAUGUACCUUUUUCAACAAAGCAGUUUAAAAUAAAGAACAUAACUUUUAAAAGACA